CUAUCUAAAAUUAAACUUCAUCCUACAAGUGUAAUACAUGAAAAUACAAUAUCAAAUGAACGGCCGACCGACAGUGACGGCCAAUCAAGAAAUAUGGCGAAGUUAUGGCCGGCAAUGAAGCUAUGUUCAAAGCCAUAAAAUCAUUUCAUUUUUCUUAGAUCGACAAACCGUUGUUUCCUACUCAUAUUCCGACGGUGACGAUUUACAAUCCCAAUGGUGAAACCGGUGAAACACAGGAGCAAAAUCAUUCUCACAUUUCGGUUAAGCCCACCGGUUAUCACCGGCGGUAAAGGAAUUUCCGGUCAUAUGGUACCUUUAAUACCCAGGAAUGCGAGUUUCGAAUUACGUGAACCUGUGUCACCGAAAGUUUCAUGCAUGGGUCAAAUUAUAAAGAAGAAGAAAAUACGUAGCUUGAAGAAACUCAAACAAGGUUCUUUUUCUUCUUCUUCUUCUUCUUCUUCGUCAAGGCCUUCACAAGCAUUUGCAGAGCAAAUCAAAAGCAAAGUUUUAAAAAGGAUAAAACUUUGCCCUAAUAAUCAUCAUACGUUAAUUGAUGAUUAUGAAGUUUCAGUGGUUGAAGAAGAUGAUGAUGAUGAAAGAUCAGCUCCUUCGCUUCUGCAAAUGAGACGAUUUAAUAACGUACGUAGCACUUUAUCGGAUUUUGAUUGGACGACAAGUGAAGAAAAGGGUGUUAAAAGGAAGAGAAGUUGAAGACAUUAGGGGGAUUUAUCAAGGGUGGUCUGGAGUAGUUGAAGAAAGGGGUAAAAUAAUAUUUAGUCCCUGAAUUUGUCAGUUUUCUUUAAUUUGGUCCCUUUCUUUUGUCCCGGGAAAAGUUUUUCAAUUUCAUCCCUAAAUUUGGAUUAUUUUAAAACAGUUUUAAAAAAAAGUAUUUAAUUUUUUAAAAA